CAAAGCCAAAACAUGAACACGAUUCUACUCUUACGCCAUUACAGUCCCAAACUCAAACCUCUUUUUCUCUACUCACCUUCCCAAAUUCACCACUUAACCCGUGAGAGUGCAAUUAAAUCGAGUCUCUUUUGUGAUUCUACUCAAAACGAGAAUGCCCAUAAGGUGUUCGACACAAUUCCUCAAUACCCAAAUUGGGUCUCUGUUAAAGACCUUGUCACGUGCCUUGUACGUGACGUCUUCUUCAAUACCUUAACUCUUUCCCGCUUCUGCUCUGUUAUUCACUCCCCAAGAACCAACCUUUCUCGGUACCAAGAAAACGCAAGAUCAGAUCUUUGAGAAUCGAUACUUGCUACUCUCUUCCUAAGCAUGGAGCCUCAUGUUCUAGGAGAUGUUCACUGCGAAAAAAUCUUCAAACGCGCCAAAGAUUUCUACUGUAAGAAUGAUUACGUCAAAGCGUUGGAGGUAAUUGAAGAUUUGUCUUUCGUCCAAGGAGAAGACAGUGUACAUGUGAAUGGGCUACAAGGUUCUAUCUUUAACGAACUAGCGAGAAAAACAAAGAACCCUGAUGUGAAAGUUGCAUACUUGUUGGGUUCUGUACAAUGCUUUUCGAUAGCUCCUGAUUUAUCAUCGAUGGCUGCAAGUUCACUCUUUGCUUUGGCAGAACAGCUUCGGUCAGUGGUGUAUUACAAGAAAUCCAUGUGCAAAGCAGAGGAAUCUUUAUAUAAUCUUACAGUGGAUUUGCAGGAGCAGGACCCUGAACUUUUCAAGAGAGAAGAGAAAGCAAUGGUGACUAUGAUCGAGAUUGCAAAGUCAAGAAUAGCUCAAUCAAAGACACGAGUUGCUUCUCCUGUAAAAAACAAUGAAGAAAAAGAUACAGGGAAGAGUGAGCCUGAUUUCAUCAAAGGAUUGAUGUUGUAUUGGGCGGGUUUGAACGUUGAGAUCAAAAGGAAUUUUAUGAAAGUUAGCACUGCAGACCUUAGGAGUUACGUUGAGGGAUUAUAUGGUAGUGAAGGACGAGAUGCAUUGGAGCAAGUUCUCACUUUUGCAAGGGAAGAGGGAAAAUGGAGAUUCUGGCUGUGUAGGUCUUGUUCGAAGAAGUUCUCGAGUGCUGAAGAAUGUAAGAAUCAUCUUGAACAAGAACAUUAUGCAAAGUUUACUCCUAAUUCGACAGAGCAUAUGCCACAAAGGAUAAGUAAAGUCUGGGCUCGUAAGAUAUCCGUCGGAGGUUGGAAACCAGUGGAUGAAUCAGCUGCCAUUGAACUGAUUAAGAAUCGAUUCGAUGAUGUGAAAGCAUUUGCAUAUGAGAAUGGAUGGUCCCAAGACUGGCCUUUAGCUGUGGAUGAAGAGCGCAGUAAGUUACUCAAGGAAAUAAAAUCGCUCUUUGUGUCGUUUUGGGACUGUAAUGUUCUCUCCUGCAGCAUUCGAGACUGGGUAAUGCAUUUUACGGUUAAGCAUUUUGAAAAUGUUGAAGUUUCCAAGCACACUCUUACUGAUUGUCACCUAAUGGAAACACCUCAGAUUAUCUGUUUUUGUGGAUGUGGUGAACUCACUCAAAUCCUGAAAUUUCUAAAAUACAUCAAGUGUGAGAGGGAUGAUGGUACAGAUGUGGUUUGCAGAGUAGUGGACAGUUUCUGCUGUGCUGCACAAGUUAAAGAAAAGCUCGACUUUGACCCUCAGUUUUCAGUUCUUCUCCUGGAUAAGAGACUGCUGCAAUGCAAGAUUACUCGAUUUGAUAAUGAAGGGACAGUCAAUGUCUUUGAUCCCAGUGUGCACUAUGCCAAUGCACAUGCUCAGGGAUGUUAUAUCAUCUCCUGGUUAGUUGAAAACUCUUCAGGAGAUGAGCGUUUUCGAUUUCCCACACCUAUCAGGAUGCACAAUCUUGAUAUAUGGGUGGCUGCUCUGAAAGCCAUUGAGUUCACAUGUAUGACUCAGGCAACUAAAUAUGCAAAGAAGUGGCAGCUCCUAGAUUAUGAUGCAGCUCUUACCGUCGCCAAGAAUUUGUGUAUUAGCGAAGAUGCAAAGAGGAGGAAUCUACAAAAAGAUCAAUGGAACAGUUAUGCAUCUCUUCUAUGCGACACAUGUGAAGAGCAUUUAAGUAGAGAUGCUGGACAAUCCCUGGAUACAGAAGUAUUCUUGUGUGCAGUACAAGAUGUUUUCAAAGGAGCUUCAUUUCCGACAUUUAAUUUUCAAAAUUGCAUGAAUGUUAUACGUGAGCAUAAAGAUCUUGCUGAUGAUAUUGUGAUGAAGUCUAUAGACUUUCUGAUAUUAGUAAUCACCAACAAGGUUGUUCUAAUAGAUUCAAAAUUUUUACUGGUUGAAAGUAUAAGGAUUAAUUUGCUGAACAAUCUCACCAGACUUUCUGUUUUCGACUAUCGCUCUUACAUUCUUCGACCAAUGAAAGAACUCAUCCUGGAUCGUAUUAUAUCUAUGGAAAACAAAGCAAAGUUAGCUGCAGCAGAAGCAGAUCUUAUAUCCGAGGAAAACCAAGAGGAAGAGAUGAAAUUACCAUCGAAGAAAAAGAAAACUAAAAAAAACAAGAGAACUUCGACGAGCAUGUCUAGUCACCUUGAUAAGAGUAUUGAACAUGAAAAUUCUGUCAACCUUGAACUGGAAAAUACAUCUCCAUCAGUAAAAACGGCAGAAGAUGUUUCUUUGGAGCCAGAAGAUACUCUUUCAAGUGAAAAGGGUCUAUUGGAAAUGACAUCCAACACUAACAAUCAAGAGGAAGUUACUAAAGCUUGUCAUCUUCAAGAUAUGCAAAGCAUGCACAGAGAAGAUUCACCGUCAGAACGCCUGGGCUCAGCACAUGACGAAGCUACAACCAGAAAUAAUUCAAUCCUUCACAUGGUGCUCAAGGCCCUCUGUAACAUUAAGGUUCUUAAAGAGGAUCUGAUGCACAAUCGGCAACCAUUUUCUGACAACCUGGAAGAACAAGUUCCUCGUGCACUACGAGAUUUCUUUUCUGCUUUUGUCUCAGAGCAGAUAGAAUACGAAGGACUCUACAGUUACCUCCUAAGCGAAUUACUUGCUUCCCUGGAAGAAGUUCAUCAUUCCAUGCUAAAUGAUGCUGCAGAGGUAGUCGUAGCCAUCCUUGAGUUUUGGCAAUGCUGGAAAAAUCCACAAAGAGAAAGCUUGGUAACUCGUCUUUUUACACUGGAAGAAUAUGAAAGAAUGAAAUGUAGCAAAUGCAGAAAGAUGCCAAAUUAUCCAGAGCAAAGGUCUUAUGGCGUUGUUGUGGCUGCAGAUUCAAUCAGAGACCUGAAGUGUGCUUUUGGGAAUAUAAAGUUUGCAGACAUCAUUAAAGUGAUCCGCUUGGAAGAUAAAAUGUUAUGUAACAUUAAAACAAGAGGGUGUGGAAAGGCAAACUUUGUUCGUCGCAUUAUAAGCAGAUCCCCGCCUAUCUUUACAAUUGUGCUAGAAUGGGAGAAGAAUGAAUCUAAAAAAGAGAUAUCUGAAACACUAAAGGCUUUAGACUGGGAGAUAGAUUUCAGCAGGCUAUACGAAGGGAUAGAAUCAAACACUAAGUACCGGCUUGUGUCAAUGAUUGGCUGUGAUGAAGAAGGAGAAUACAUUUGCAUGGCUUAUAAAAAGAACCGGUGGGUCAGUCUCAGACAUGGAACUCUAGCAGAAGAGGUUGUGGGUAAAUGGAAGAGUGUGGUCAGAUUCUGUGGAGAAUGGAGGGUUCGGCCUGAGAUUCUGUUUUAUGAAGCUAUCGGCCUAACAAGUGACAGAACUAUUUCAAUAUAGGAAGCAAGCGUUGAUGUAUAAAAACAGUGGCAAGUUAGAAGUUGUAUU